AAACACUUAACAUCUGAUUUCGGACAUUUUGUGACGUCAGUGUGGUGUGUUGAUUUUCGUUUACUGAUGGAAUGACGAUAUAAUUGCCAAAUCGAACACUGAAAUCUGAAUUAAUAAUUUUAUUUUUGUUCGUUCUGUACAUUUUUUAAACGUUGUACUUACUAAUUCUGAUGAUACAACAGUCAGUACCGAGAAUCAUCGUUCUUGGCUGAUAACUAAUAAAAUUAAGUUUAUAUAACACCGAGUCCUUAAACUUCAUACUUACUACGGUCAUCGUUACAGUUUCGGUGAAAUCGCUGUUACCGUUGAUUCGAACGCUGCACUUCGCUCAUUCGCUGGUGGUUAACCGUGCUUCAGUGUUAUUGGCUACAGUUUUCCUAUUUCAUGUAUCGUCAAAAUAUCACGUGCCCGUUUAAAUAAUUUUAUGUUGCAUGUGAAUUAUAAUCGCCAUGCCUUGGUGUAUUAUAGUUGGUUGUAAUAAUAAUUUAAAAGCUACAAAGAAACAUGAAAAAGAUGUGUCGUAUCAUAUUUUUCCUAAAAAUCCACAACGACGUAAUGCUUGGAUGAAAAAUAUUAAACAACCGUUUAAGUUUAAUGCAGAUACAUCGUAUGUCUGUUCCAAACAUUUUCUUUCUGAUGACUUUGAAUGUAAUAGUUUAAAAGAACAAUUACUUAACAUUAAGAUUAAAAGACAACUAAAAAGAACUGCUAUUCCAUCUAUUAAUAUGCCUAAUACUUCAGAAGACAAAAAAUUAACAAAUGAAAUUAAUAAUCCAGAUGAAAGCUUAAAAUUUAAUAAUACAUCCGAUGUGCAAAAAUGUGCUGUUUCCAGUUGUAACAGUAUUAUGUAUAGUGGAUCGGAUGAGUUAAAUCAGAUGAGCAACAAUAAAAUUAUGUUCCACAAAUUUCCAACUGAUACUGUAAUAUUAGAGAAAUGGCUAAAGUUCUGUAAUAAUAAUAAAAAUAUUUUACAUGAAUAUCAAAAUUGUCUAGUAUGUUCAGAGCAUUUCAACAAAGAUGAUUAUGAAAACAAAUAUACUAAUAAGUCAUCGCAUCCAUUAAAAGUAUUGAAAAAAGAUGCAGUACCAACGUUAAAUGGUGGAAUUAAAAAUAUUGAAGACGAGUUAUCAAGGACAGAACGUAAAAAACUUGUGGAUAAAUUGUUAGCAGAUUAUGAAGAGCAUCAAAAAAAUGAAAAGAAUCAUCUGAAUGGCAUGGUAUCAAAGUACCCAAGUUUUUUUUCUCCAAAAAUUAAUUCAAAUGCUAAACUUGGUGAUAAAUUGAAAUUGUUAAAAUCAAUGGAUAAUCAAAUAACCAAUCCUCCAUCUAAAAAAAGGAAAAUAUCUACAGAUCUAAAGUUAAAUAAAGAAUAUUUAGAAUUGCCAUUUAUUGAUAAACUAACUAAAAAAAUAAAUCAAAAUAUUCAAGUAACACCUGUUAAAGGUGGAUUUAUGUUACAUGCUCUACCACAAACAGUUAAUAAUGUAUCGAAUUCACAUUUGGAUAAAACUGUAAUGGAUGAGGAACAAGAAGUUAUCAUUGUCACAGAAGAUGAAGCUAGCCAUAUAGAUUUGUCUUCAUAUGAAGAAGAAGUUAAAGGGAAUAACACUGAAGUGAUUAUAGUCACAGACUUAAAAGAAACUGAAAACACUCUUAAACACAUAAAAAGUGUAUCUAAAAAGAGUUUAACUAAUAAAAUUGAUAGUGAUAAUGAGUGUGAGAAACUAAUGAAAAACAAUGAAAGUCUAUGCACACCUUUAAAUACAGACAAGAAUUCAUUGAGUGAAGAUAAAUGUUGCCAAGUAAUAAUUCCAUGCAAAGGUUGUGAAAAUAGAAGUCUUAAAAUCAAUAAACUUUUAAGAGAGAGAACAAGAUUAUUGAAAGAUCUAAAUCAAAAUGGUGCAUGGAAGGAUCCAGAUGAAAUAAAUACCUUAAAGAGGAUGAAUGGUGUUUUAUCCUUAUUAUUAAUGCAAUGUGUUGGUGAAAAAAAUGGUAAAAAGUCUCCAUCCAUACGAGUAGAUUUAGUGCAAGAUUCCAUUGAGAGAAUUGAUCGUGGAUGGUCAAUGCAAGACACAUCAGAAACAUUAUGUCAAGUCUUGAGUAUUAACGCUUAUGACGAAUUUGCAAGAGCGUUUGAAAUAAUUAAUGAAGUAUAAUGCAAGAUGUUUUUUAUGAAAGAUUGAUCUAAAACUUUCAUUUAUUUAUAUUUAGUAUUUACUACACUAUUCUUAGUAAUCUUAAAAUUAUGUUUGAUCACAGGGUAAUACAAAUAUUAAUUUUAAUUUAUGCUAUUGAUUUUUAUUAAAUGGGCUAUUUUACAUUACUAAACUAAACAGAUUAUGCUAAAAAAAAGAAAAAAGAGAG